AUGAUGAAAAUCACUGAUCCUAUAUGCCAGUGGACUGGGCCCCUAGGACCAAUAACUAAAGAAACACAAAGGUUUGAUUUAACUGAUGAUGGCAGCUUGAAGAUUUAUAAUAUUUGGGGCAGUGAUGCUGGAAGUUAUACUUGCAAAGUAAACUAUAUAUAUGAAAAUAAGGAAAUGAGUACAGAAACUAAUUUCAUGGUUUAUGUAUAUCACAUGCCAGGAAGGAGUAUACGUUUGUCAUCUGAAUUCGCAGUUCAAACCUGUGAAACCAAUAUAGUUGAUUCAUUUGAAAAGUAUCUCUUAGAUCAACUGGAGAACUUAAUCCGCAACCUGAAGUGUGAGAUCCAGCGGUGGAGUGCAGCGUGCCAUACUUCUACAGAUACACUAGAGAUGCUAACAUACAAGCUUACAUUUCAAUUUGCUGUGUUUCCUCUAGUGCCAACUGUAGCAGAUCUCUGUGAAAGUUCCCAUUGUGAGAAUUCAACCCGCAACAUCAAAAAGGCGUAUGACAAAAUCAAAAAGUUCUUUGAAGACCAGAAUAUUGACUCCUCUCACAGUGCUAAUUUGAACUACGUUGCUGGCUCCCUGACUGGUGUUAAGGUAGAUCAUUGCACACCAGGGUUUGGGAAAAACAUCAGCACCAUAGACAACAAUACGCUGUGUCCAGGGUGUUGUGUUGCAUGCCCACCAGGUAGAUUUAGUGCAAAAUAUGAUACUGUCUGUGUUCUGUGUGCUGCUGGAUCUUACAAUGACAAGUAUGGCCAAGCGGCAUGUGAAAAUUGUCCCAAGGCGCAGAGUAGCAAUGAAAAAGGUGCCGAAACUGAAAGAAAAUGCCACAACGCUAAUUCAGACCGCAGCGACGUGCUUAAAACUAGAGCUCGGUUAGCCAUUUGUGCUGCUUUGCCUAAAGCCGUUCUCAUUUCUGCUCGUUGUUCUUUAAGAGAGUGCUCAGCUGGAACACGUGGGGAGAGUAUGCAGCACACUGCUGUGUACCAUGAUCAGGUCAUAACUAAAUGCUGCAAAAAAACAGUAGCAGCCCAGUACAUCAAAGAAGCAGAAUCUGGACUGAAGAAGCGGCUGCAGACAUUUGCGAACAUAGCAAGCGAUGCAGACAUCCAGGAGCAAAGAAAUAAACUGAGUCCCAUCCAAGUGCAGCAAAAAAAUCAAUCCAAAUACAAAGUUGACUUCCUAGAAGAAGAAUCCAGAGGAUUGUUAAGCGACGAUGAAGGGGCAGAACCUCUCACAUCUAGCGCCAGUCCCUCUCCUGAUCUAACAGGACCAAGUGAAUUAGAAACCACCUUUGAAGACCCGUCACCACCACCUGCUUUGGAUAAAGAAUUUACACCAAAGGACCUGCCACCCAACCAGCAGAAACUUGUUAACUUAAUGAAGGAGAAACGGUCUGAACCCACUGAGAGUUAG